ACAAAAGUGUAAUAAACAAAUUCAAAUGGUUAUAGUUGUUUGAUAUUGGGAAGAUGGAAGAAGAAUAGGAGUAGAAGAAGAUGGAAGAAGAAAAAGCCGCAGCAUACUACGACGAGCUCACUCGUAAAGGCGAGGGAGCCGCAAAGUUCAAACAAGGUCUCGGCUUUUCCACCUCCUCCUCAAACGACGCCGUUCCUAAACCCGGUUCAGCCCUCGCAUCUUCCUCUUCCUUCCUCUCCCAAUUCGUCAAAGCCUCUUCCUCAUCCACCCCUUCCGACCCACCCGAGCCCGACACAAAAGCCCAACUCCAAUCCAUUCAAAACAAACUCAAGAAAAAACCCACCACCGAAUCUAGGGUUUCAGAGAAAACAAAUCACGGUUAUUCUUCAAGGGAUAGCGAUAGAAGAAGAAGACGAAGCAGGAGUAGGAGCAGAGAUAGAUAUAGGGAUUCAAGGAGGCGAAGUAGGAGUAGAGAGAGAUACAAUGGUUAUAGAGGCCGUGAUAGAAGCCGAAGCAGAAGCGAUUCGGAUGGUGAUAGGGGUAGUGAUAGGAGGAAAAGGGAAAGAGAAAGAGAGGGAGGGAGAAGGAGGAGCAGAAGUGUCUCUCCUCGUAAACAACGUAGGUCUGAGGUGAGAACAAAUGAUGUUAGGGAAAGAGGGAAAGUGAGUGAAGUGAGGAAAGGGAAGAAUGUUGGGGUUGAUUAUGGGAAGCUAAUUGAAGGUUAUGAUAAUAUGGCACCUGCUGAAAGAGUCAAAGCUAAGAUGAAGCUUCAGCUUUCUGAAACUGCUGCACGGGAUACAGAAAGAGGUGUGGGCUGGGAGAGAUUUGAGUUCAACAAGGAUGCCCCUCUUGAUGAUGAGGAAAUUGAAGUUGCCGAAGAUGAUGCAUCCUUAGUCAAGCACAUCGGUCAGAGUUUCCGGUUUUCCUCACUUGAGUCCAAACGGGAAGAACAAAUUCAAGCUGCUCACGAUGAAGCUAUGUUUGGUGCUACAGCUCCUCCGCCUCCCACCAUCAGUACAGACAGCGAGCCUGAAAGGGAGAAUGAGAAGGAGGUUGAUAAUAAAAAAGACCUAGUUUCAAGCCUCUUAAGUGAAACGGUGCUGGCCAAGCAAAAAGGGUCUUGGCGUGAUCGGGUUCGUCAGGCAUAGAGUCUGAACCUUGAAGCAGACACAACGAGUCUGUGGAAAAACAGCACAAACGUCUCAUGGUUAUUGGAGCACGGCAUUCAGUUUUGCAACUGGAAUGAUGAGUAUGCAGUUUGCUUUGUUUUUAACUAUGUAUACAGCUUGUCUAUGGCUCUUAAGUUAUCGUAAUUUUCCAAGCAUAUGCUUCUAGUGAGGCGGGCUGUGUACUAAUGAUUAAAAAAGAAGCUGGAUGUUUGAAAUACGUUUGCUUUUUA